AUGAAACUAUGAGUAGUCUAAUCUAUACUACUUCUUAAGACUACAAUGUAGGCGUCCACGGUGCACGGUCCUGCCCCCCCUCUGCUCCCCAAGCGCGGAUCUUGUCUCUAUACGGCAACAACGCCCCUGAUCCUUCGCCCGUCAUCCGCGCCGCCAUCAACGCCCCCAUCUCGCCCUCCGUUACCUCUGCUUCGCGAUCCCCGUCAUCCGAGCCCUCCUCCCCAAGCGCAGGGGAUCCACCUCCCCACAUCGUCGAUGGAAGGUGACCGAGUUCUCCUGAUCCCAUCGUGUCCUCCUCCCCAAGCGCAGGGGAUCCGCCUCCCCACACCGUCGAUGGAAGGUGGCAGAGGUCCGCGCCAUCGCGCCCUCCUCCCCCUCUACUCCGCGAUCCCCGUCAUCCGAGCUGCCAUCAACGCCCCCACGCCAUCCGGCAGCCAUCACCUAGGUCAAGUCGGGCUCGUCAGGCUUGCUUUCCACCUUCGGCCAUGGCCGCCCUGCAGCUCCCCCAUCACGUUCCUCUCAGUUCUACAGCAUGGACUCCUUCCAGACUGCCAACAACCCCGUCCGCACCCAGGCAUCAGCAAGACAACACAACAGUUGGAUGGAAUCUAUGCACUCUUUGUAGUAUUGAGGCUUGCUGUUGUUGAUACAAAAGCAGAUGGUGCCAUUCUAAAGGAGAAACUAUGGACAUUGAUUGCUCAAAAUGAACCCUCAUUAAUCUCUUUACAGUUGCUUGGAGGUGAGAAGGUAGUUUAUGAUGCUACCAAGAAAAUCUUCUCAAGCUCCAGUGGUCUAGCUGAAGAUAUUCUAUUCUUAUUCACAGAUUGGUUGUCACUACUUGGAGAGAUUGUCAAUAUUGAAAGAAGGGUACACACCUAAUUCUUUGUAUUCCUCUUGCAAUCAUCCGCUUUCCUCUGAAUUUGCUUGCGACUCAUGUUGGGUACUUGGGUUUCAACUAUAGCCUACCACAACUUGCUUGAGACUAAAUUGCUUUGUUGUUGCUGUUGAAUCCUCUGCUACUCCAAGCUUCUUUGAUGUCGGGUGUAAUGUCGUAACUGGCUAUCGUUGUUGGCCGAACAUUUGGCUAGCGUGGAUGAUAUAUAUUGCAAUGUGAAUCCAAUAAGCAGGAGAGUGAUCAAUGUAUGUAACCGUUGUACACUAACAUUUGUCGAAUAUUUUAUAUAUCGUUUCAAGGCA